CUUUUUUAUUUAAGUCAAAACCCCUUGCGCCUAGUUAUAGGUUAGGGUUUAAGCAGCGAAAGCAAAACAACAGCUCCUAUCCUCGCUUUGCAGCCCCAAUUCGUGUUUCAAUUCCGACAAAUUUCACCUUAACAAUGGAAACCCAAAACAAUAACGGGUCGGAACCUGGCCCGAACCUUGUUACGGCGGUGACACCGGAACUAAUGCCUCAAAAUCUCGUUAACAACAACCCUGUUGCGGCAGAGACACCUAAACCACAGCCUGAAAAGCUUAUCAACAACAACGGGUCAGAACUUGACCCAAACCCUUUUGCGGCGGAGACACCGGUGGCCGGAAAGCUUGGUACUUCGGAUGAUGAAAUUCCUAUUGAGAAAUCCGUGGAAAGGAUCACGUUAACGGGUGACCCUCCUUCAGUUGAGGUGAAUGGGAAUGAGGAUAAAGAUGAUGGAAGUGAAGGUGAAAGUGAAAGUGAAAGUUCUGAGUCUGAAUCUGAGAGUUCUACUUCUUCAUCGUCGACGUCUGGUUCUGACAGUGAUGAAGACGACGAAGACGAUGCAGAAGAUGAAGAAGAAGGGCAGAUAAGUGAUGAUGAGAAGAUGGUUAGUUGGAGUGCGGCUGAUGGUGAUCUUGAUGAUGAUGAAGAUGUUGUAGUAGGACCAAUUAAGUCAAAGAAUGAGAUUCAGAAUUUGCCUCCAGUUCCUCCCGUGGAUGUGUGUUUAGCACCACACCAUAAAAUGCUACCUGUGGGAGUUGUUAUGUCGACUCUCGGAGCUCAAGUCAUUGUGGAAGGAGUGGAGAAGCAUGAACCUCUUAAUGAGGGUUCUGUUCUGUGGCUGACUGAAAGCCGCAAACCACUAGGUUUAGUUGAUGAAAUCUUUGGACCAGUCAAAAACCCGUAUUAUGUUGUGAGAUAUAAUUCUGAAAAUGAUGUCCCGGCGGGGAUCCAAGGGGGAACAACUUUGGUCUCAUGUGUUCCAGAAUUUGCUGAACAUGUGCUCAAUAAUAAGGAUCUUUACAGGAAAGGCUAUGAUGCAUCUGGUGCGUAUGAUGAAGAGUUGUUUGAUGAAGUAGAGUUUUCAGAUGAUGAGAAAGAGGCCGAAUACAGGAAAAUGCAAAAAAUGACAAAGAGAGGGGUAAAUGAUCAAAAUCCUGGCAAGAAGAAAAACAAUAAAAAGAAAUUUUCACCGAAAGAGCAUGUGUUACCUCCUAAUGCACCUGUAGCAUCACCGCAUGUGUUUCCCAACGUCCCUAACGCACCUGCAGCAGCACCAUUUGUUAAUAAAGGAAACUAUUCUCCUUUUUCAGGGAUUGGACAAGGUGGAACUACCACAGUUUCUCCAUUUCAACCUUUAAAUGCAGGUCCUAACUUUGCUGCAAAUUCAAUGUGGGCAAAUCAGACAACAUUUCCACAGCAGCCACAGCCCUCCCUGCCUCCAAAUGCAUUUCCUUCAAAUGCCAUGUCAUAUUAUCCACAAAACACACAAUUUUCUCAUCAGUUUCCUGUUCCAGGAAUUCCAUUUCAACAGCAAAUGAAUCCCAGUCACGGAACUCAUUUCCCAACUAUGAUGCCUGGGGUACAGCCCAAUAUAUUUUCACAACAACCCAUGUAUGCACCAGGGUUCUUGGGUCAAAACCAAAUGCCACAACAAUCCUUCCAACAGAUUCAGCAACCACCUAUAUUUCAAGCGCAGCAACAGGGUUUUCCACCCACUGAAUUGCAGCAGCGUCCUAGUCCUAUUUCUGGCAACCCCUCUCAAUUUCAUCCAGGUUCAUCAGGUAGUCGAGGGAGACCAUCAUUUCGUGGUGCCAGUGGGAGAGGGUGGCGACCUUCAAGGUGACAUUGAAAUGAUUAAUCGAGUUGGGCCAUUCUGUAGGGACUGUACUUGCACAUUCUCCUGCAGCUUCUUGAACUAUGAAAGGAUUUCAUGGGUUCUUAAAAGGGACGAGUCGAGUUCCUGAUUUAUUAGUUACAUGUGUCAUAUGUGCUUGGGAGUAUAUGUCAUCUCAUCAUCUGUACUUUUUCUUUUGUAAUCCAUGGGAUACACACUUCUCUUCUGUAAUCUUAAUGCAGGGAGCCCAUUUUUAUUUUAACUCUUUUGAAGUGAUUGCUAUACUUUGUAGAGUAAGUGUUGGAUUAUAGUCCAUGAUUGUGAAAUUAAAUGUUAGAUCAUAAUUAAGUUGAUAUGUAUCAGAAACCACAAA